CGUCGAGCAAGCAACGCGAUUGGGAGGUUUGUCCCUCCGUGGCCGCCGUACUCACUGUCUGUGGUAGGAGGUGGGCGGCAUGGUGUCCAAGAUAUUCAGAUUGGCCGCUGUGCCGGCUGGGCUAGCCCUCACCUCUUAUGGCUUGUAUGCUGUGUCCGACCGAGAGCCUAAGGGUAGCCUCCUGCACCCUAAUCAGUUGUCCAUUUAUUCGGCUCCUUUGAAAAAAUCCAAGUACGUGGAAGAAGAGCCGGGCCGUCUGCAGUCCGGGAUCUCAGUCGUGCGGCAGACAGUUUGGCCUUUUGUUACCUGGGGACAGCAUGUCGGUUCUUCAAUCAAAAUGAGUGUUGAAGAUACUGUACAGUUUGGAAAAGAUAGUUAUGUUUAUCUAAAGAAUCCGCCACCGGAAUUCCUUCCAAGAGCGGGUAUUAUCGCAGUCAGCGGGUUAGCUGGACUGGUUCUAGCCAGGAAAGGGUCCAAACUGAAGAAGAUUCUGUACUCUGCUGGUCUCACCGCACUAGGUGUAUCCGUAUGUUACCCAACGCAGGCAGUGAUUGUUGCAAAGUUAACAGGAAAAAAGAUUUAUAACGGAAGUCACCAGACAUACAAUGCAAUUAGUAGUUUAUGGAAAGCAAGUCCCAAGAAAGAUGAGAAACCCCAGUCUGAAGAUGCAAAGGUGGUGCCCCCUGUAACAGAGGCGGCAAAUAAUGCGUCCUUGCGGCACAGCGGCGUGGAGGAACGUGCCGACUCCAGCACAGCGGAGCCAGAGUCGGAGAUACAGAAUCCACUAAACGGAGAAGCAAAAAAGACUGAGAGUAAUCCAGCCGCUGGCUCCCUAGUGUCAACCAAGGAGACAAAGUUCCAACCUGACACAAACCUUUUGGACCACGGACAGGCAAACCCCGAGGAUGUGGAUAUGUACAGCACCAGGAGCUGAAUACUACCGAGUAACUUAUUCCGAAACCUUAACAGAACGGAAGAAACAUGUAACUUAUAUAAUAUGUAUUCUAAAGCACUUAUUUUCUGCAAACCUAACACCUUCACAACUGUUUUGUAUCAUUUUUUAAUAUUAUGAGCAGAAAUAACACAUGAAAAUGAUGCCGUUGUGUUUGCAUAAAUAAAAUCACUUUGUUCUACGUGCCUUAGUAUAUGAUGGCUGCCAAGAUGUGUUACGGCUUCUUUUCUCUGUGAUGUCAGAGUAGGAAGUAUAUAAAUCGGAUUCAGUUUAAUUUAAAAACUAAUAAAUUGAUGGUUUUCAAUGCC